AUGGCGCAAGAAGAGGGAAUGCCAUCGGCUCUCGUUACUGACGUUUUGCUACUCAUCAAAACCAACUUUGUUUCGUUCUUUGUGCUCUUCAUCGUGCUGCGCUGCGCCUAUCGCCGGUACUUCCACCCCUUGGCAAAAUACCCGGGCCCGGUGAUCUGUUCCUGCACGCGGCUCUGGAAAGUGUGGAGCGUGUACAAUGGUCACACAGAACUUGAUUUUGUCGACUUGCACCGAAAAUACGGCCGUAUUGUGCGCGUUGCGCCCAACGAGCUCUCUUUCUCUUCGCCCGUUGCCGCGCACGAUAUCCUGACCCCUGGAAAUGGCUUCACAAAGACCGAAUUCUACCGAGUGUUCCCUCCGAAACACGCACCAGAUAUCUUCACUGAAACUCGGGAGUGGAAACACGCCGCCAUGAAGCGGGUGGCCGUGGUUCCCUAUAGCCUUGCCAGCGUGCAGAAGAUGGGUCCGUGGAUCGAAGACGUGCAGAAGGAAUUCAUCGCUAAAAUUGGAGAGUAUGCUGACUCUGGGAGAGUUUGUGACCUCGGCGACCUGCUCCAUUAUUUUGCCUUUGAUGUUGUUGGGGAGUUUGCAUUUUCACAACGUUAUGGAUUCGUAGCCCAGGAGAAAGACAUCGGCGGGACCAUCAAGCUGAUCGACGACGUACAGUGGUACGACGGCAUUGUUGGCCAGGUUCCAGAGCUACGACACGUCCUUCGGGAAAGCCCUGUGUUCCAGUAUCUCCUGACGUUGUUGAGUCCCCCACAAGUCACCCAGAUGGCUCUGGGCGAGAUAGCCAAAAGGAAAAAGAACAAGACUGACGGCUUCUUCCUCGAGCCUGACCGGCGAGAUCUGCUGGGUCAACUGAUGGAGGGCAGCGCUAGAGAUCCCAGCAGAUUCUCGGAAAUGGAUGUCUUCUCGGUGGCUCAUGGCGCCAUAGGCGCUGGAGCUGACUCUACUGCUUCGACAAUGCAGUCAUUCUUCCAUUUCGUAUUAUCCAAUUCGGAAGUGUAUCGCAAACUCUGCGAGGAGAUUCGGCAGGCACGUCUAUCGCCCAGCGUGACUUGGACAGAGGCACAAGAAUUGCCUUACUUCCAGGCUUGUCUGCUGGAGGCGAUGCGAUUGCGGCCUGCCGUUGGACUGAGCAUUCCUCGAUACGUCCCGAAACGAGGUGCCGUGAUCGACGGUCAUCACUACCCAGGAGGAAUCGUGGCAUCAGUCAACGGCUGGGCGGUCCAUCGCGAUGCUCUUUUCGGCGACCAUGUUGACAACUUCCGACCCGAACGCUGGCUUUCUGGCGAUGUCAGGGACAUGAAGAAGCAUCUGUACCAGUUUGGAGGCGGCGGCCAUCUGUGCAUUGGACGGAAUCUCGCGCUAUUUGAGAUGAACAAGAUCAUUCCCCAACUUCUCAUGAACUUUGACUUUGAGCUUGUCUACCCCGGACGGCCGCUGAAGUCCCACUCGACGUUCUUCGUGGUCCAGAGUGGGCUGGAAGUCUUUGUUCGGCGGAGAAAGUAA